UUUCAAAUGUUUUUUUUUGUUUGAGUAAAUGAUUUUCAAAUGUUUAAACAUGAUAUUCAUUAAUCACAAGAUGAAAAAAAGAAAAGAAUUGUGAGAGUUAUAUAAUAAAAAAAAGAGUUGUUGUUAUAGUGGAAUGGCAGGGGGAAGAAGAUGAAAUAAUGGGUGGCUUAGGAUGUGCGGUUGGAAUCGGAGUGAGAGUUGAACCAAAUAGUUGGCAUUAUCAUCAUCAUCUAAAAGCAAUAACAGUAACACGUUCGGGAUUUCCUUCUUCCUCUUCUUAUUCUUCUUACUCAAACUUCACAACUACAAGGAGGUUUCGUGUCCCGCCUCACAAUAAUAGCCAAAAUAGAGAAGGAGAUGUUGAGGAAGGAGUUUCAUCUUCAUCUUCUUCUUCUGAAUGGAUUCGUAAUUCGGGAAUAAUAUCUUCAUGCUUGGUUGGUCUCUUAACAGGUGUUGCAGUCGUGCUCUUCAACAAUGUUGUUCAUGAAAUUCGUGAUUUGUUGUGGGAUGGGAUUCCUGAUAGAGGUGCCUCAUGGUUGAGAGAAGCUCCUAUUCAAGAAACAUGGAAAAGUGUAAUACUUGUUCCCGCUUUUGGAGGUCUUCUUGUUUCUCUUCUCAACCUUCUUUCCAAUUCCAAUUCCAAUUCCCGCCCUUUCUUAAAGGCUAUUGCAGCUUCUAUUACUUUAGGUACUGGUAAUUCCUUGGGUCCUGAGGGUCCCAGUGUCGACAUUGGAAAUUCCAUUGCCAGAUGGAUUGCUUCCACUCCUCUUUUCACUUCCGCCAAACUCCUUCCCCUCCGUGCUGCUGGAUCUGCUGCCGGCCUCUCUGCUGGUUUCAAUGCUGCCGUUGCUGGUUGUUUCUUCGCUGUUGAGUCUGUCUUGUGGCCUUCUGAUUCUGAUUCUUCUAAUUUAUCGCUUACUAAUACUACUUCCACAGUCAUUCUCAGUGCUGUCAUUGCUUCUGUCAUUUCUGAGAUUGGCCUUGGCUCUGAACCCGCCUUUCAAGUUCCAGACUACGACUUUCGUUCUCCUGCUGAGCUCCCGCUGUAUUUAUUGUUGGGUAUCUUAUGUGGCCUCGUUUCAUUGACCCUAUCUUGGUCUACAUCCUAUAUGUUCACUUUAUUUGACAACCUUCACAAGGCCACCGGCAUGCCAAAAGCUUCAUUCCCUAUAUUGGGAGGUUUAUCUGUAGGCCUCAUAGCAUUGCUAUAUCCUGAAAUCCUCUAUUGGGGUUUUGAGAAUGUUGACAUUUUGUUAGAAUCUCGACCCUUUGUCAAAGGCCUCUCCACGGACCUAUUGCUUCAGCUAAUAGCGGUCAAGAUAGUUACAACUUCUCUCUGUCGUGCUUCUGGAUUAGUAGGAGGCUAUUAUGCUCCAUCUCUCUUUAUUGGUGGUGCAACCGGUAUGGCUUACGGAAAAUUAAUUGCUUACGCUGUUGCUCACUCUAAUCCUGUGAUUAACCUCUCUGUGUUGGAAGUGGCAUCACCACAAGCUUAUGGCCUGGUUGGAAUGGCUGCGACUCUUGCAGGUGUUUGCCAAGUACCACUUACUGCAGUUCUGCUUCUGUUUGAAUUGACACAAGACUAUCGGAUUGUUCUACCACUGCUUGGAGCAGUAGGCUUGUCUUCAUGGAUUUCAUCUGUACAGACAAAGAGAGGUGAUGAAAGGGAUAGAGAAAAGCUGAAGACACAAAACUCAAAUUCUUCUUCGUUUCCAGAAAUAUCUUCUUGUAGUUCAAUUGAGUUAUCUACUGGUAAUACCUCCGCUGAAGGUAUGUCAUAUUUGAGUAAAUCGUGUCAAGUGGAGAGUUCAAGUAGUGUAGAGGAUAAUAAUGAUGAAACAAUGAACUAUGUAAGGAGAACAUUAGUUUCGGAAGCCAUGAAGACAAGAUACGUGACGGUUUCAAUGUGCACGCCGCUCACUAAAGUAAUAGAUCUCAUGCUCGCAGAGAAACAGUCUUGUGCAGUAAUUGUUGAUACUGAUGAUACUUUGAUUGGUUUAUUGACACUUGGAGACAUUCGAGCGUUUGGAAAAUCGGCAAAAUCUGGAAGCAAAAAUCCAAAGGAGAUUUUAGUUUCUGAGUUAUGUGUUUUAAAUGGAGGAAUAUGUAGUGUACCAUGUACAGUUACUCCUGAUAUGGAACUUUGUCAUGCUCAAAUGAUCAUGAAGGAACAUGGAGUGAAUCAAGUUCCAGUUGUGAAGAAUAUUUAUGAAAGAACUCAUCCAAUUGGCCUACUGGACCCCGACAGUAUCAGUUUAACAUACAGUGCUUUGGCCACAAGACAGUCCCUCAGCUGAUGUUCCAAGUUAGGAGGAGGGCAGGAAGGCUCUUCCGUUUGAUAAAUUUCUAUUAUCUGCCUUUAACAAGUCAAGUUUAACCAUGCCAUUUAGUUCUGUGGUUGGUUGUGUUGAAAAAGUUCCAAAUAUAGCUCAUUUGCUUUGCUUAUUUCACAUUGUUUUACGGCCGUAAGAAUCCUCGGCAGCAAAGAUCUCCUCUGAUGUAAGACAGAGAACGCUGGAUUAUCUUUUAAUUAUAGAAGGAAAUUUAAGGCCUCUAUCUCAUCUAAAAGUUACCAAACUCAAAAGUCACUCAAGUGGAACCCAUGUUCCAUCUUUUCAGUGCGCAUGUAGUUGUUAUUUUUUUCGUUGUAUAUAGCCACAUGUCCUAAAUGUAUUAUAAUUUUAUACAGUAAGCAAAACUGUUAUUAAUUCAUAGUAUGUUUUUGGUCCCUA